AUGGCUAAGACUCUCAAAUGUUUCAUGCCGGAUGCCUAUUCACUCGGUGGCGGCUCGUUCGACGAAGCCUUCAUGCACACCAUCUGCGGCGGUGUGAAGUGGUUCCGGCAUCCGCACGGUGACAGGCGGCCGGUUUUCAUCCUGGAGAUGGGCAUGGGAGAUGGCGCCUACAAUGGCCUCGAGGACGGAGAUUUCGACAUCUUCCGCAGCUGGGAAGAUUGGGUCCUGAAUAAUCAACACAUGAGCCUACGCCAGUACUGA